AUAAUUAUAUCAUGGUGUAAUCAGUAAUCACUAAUCAAUAUUCAAUAAUCAUAAUUCAUAGCUUCAACGACUUGUAAAUUUUAAUUUGUGUUUGUUUAACGUGAGUACUAUACGACAACACGUUUAAUUGAACUUAAAUAUUUCAGUGAAAGUUAUCAGAAGUAGGUACGUUUUAUAAUGGCUGACGUUUUAGACCUAAACGCUGAAGAGUUUGUUGAAGAAGAUGAUGAGGGAGUUUCUAAGCUUAAAGAAAAAGCUAGAAGAAGAAAAGGACGUGGUUUUGAAGAAAAAUCUAAAAGAGACAAUAUAAAAGAUGAAGUCAUGGAAUUUGAUUCAGUCGAUCAAGCUGAUGACGAUGGACCUGGACCUCAAAGAUCGGUUGAAGGCUGGAUAUUGUUUAUUUCUUCAUUACAUGAAGAAGCACAAGAAGAUGAUUUGCAUGAUAAAUUUGCUGAGUUUGGAAAAAUUAAAAACUUGCAUUUAAAUUUGGACCGUAGAACUGGUUUUUUAAAAGGUUAUGCAUUAGUUGAAUAUGAAUCAUACAAGGAAGCUUUUCGAGCACGUGAAGGACUGAAUAAUACAGACAUUUUGGGACAGCAAAUUAGUGUGGACUGGUGCUUUGUAAAAGGACCAAAAAGGAUUAAAAAAUCAAGACGCCGAAUGACUAAUUAUUAAUGAGUAUUAAAAUUUCAGAUGUAUGAACAAAAUUACGAUAAAACUAAGUUAUUUUUUAAUAAUUAUUUACUAUAAAUGGUACUUUUUUAAGUACCUACUUAAAAAAAUAAAUAAAAAUGUAUGUACUAAUUUUAAUGAUGAUUCAUACUUUGAUUAGUGCUAGUUAGGGAUAUUUUACUACUGGAUAUGGUAUUGCAUAAUAUGAUGUUGUAUUCUGUCAUUGUUAACAAAGAAUGUUAGAAGUUACAACAUUUUAAUUGAUAAUUUGAUGACAUCCUGAAGGUUUAUUUUUACUUUGGCCCUAGUAUUUUAUUUGUAAAAUGUCAAAAGAAGAAACUGAAAAUAGUCUUGCGCUUUGGUACUAUGCGCUCUGGUUUAUACAGUGAAAUUAAUUUAUAUUAACUAAUAGCUAGGUAAUAACUAAUAACUGUUAUUAAAAGGAUGUCGAUUGUCGGUGCUGUAUUUGUUUUUCUCUAACUUACGGUCAACAUGACAAAUUUGUGUUCAUUAGAUUGAAUAGACCUGUUAUCAAAUUUCCAGUAAAAAACUACUUGUAUGAAC